AUGGCAAACCCAAAAGCCUUUCACAUAAAUAGCCCGUUUUUGGAGAGCAUAGACAUGUCAAAACGGACCGGGACCAAUGUGUAUUUAAAAAUGGAAAGUUCCCAACCCUCCGGUUCAUUCAAAAUCCGUGGUAUAGGACACCUUUGCCAAAAGGUUGCAGGACCAGAGUCCAAAGGAGUUGUUUGUUCUUCAGGUGGCAACGCUGGGAUGGCCACAGCCUAUGUGGCACGCAAACUAAACAUUCCAGCAACUAUCAUUGUGCCUUCAUCCUCUCCUGAGCUGAUUAGGGAGAAGCUGAAGGACCAGGGAGCCACGGUCAGAGUAGUCGGCAAGGUGUGGGAUGAUGCCAAUGAUGAGGCCCUGCGUCUGACCCAGACUGAUGGCCUGACCUAUGUCCCACCCUUUGACCAUCCUCUGCUCUGGCAAGGCCAUGCCAGUAUUGUGAGAGAGAUCAAGGCCUCUCUUCCAUCCAAGCCUGGGGCUGUAGUUUUAUCUGUGGGGGGAGGAGGGCUGCUCUGUGGGGUGGUGGAGGGCAUGAAGGAAGUGGGCUGGGCCAGUGUGCCCAUCAUCUGCAUGGAGACUGAGGGAGCAGACUGUUUUAACGCAGCAGUAAAGGCUGGCAAGAUAGUCACCCUCCCUGACAUCACUAGUGAGGCCAAGUGUCUGGGUUCGAAGACGGUGUGCAGCCAGGCCUUUGAGUACAUGAAGGAGGGCAACAUGAACAUCAUAUCAGAGCUGGUCACUGACCAGCAGGCCUUGCAAGCAGUGGAGACCUUCCUGGACGAGGAGCGUGUGCUGGUGGAGCUGGCCUGUGGGGCUGCGUUAGCGGCUGUGUACUCCGGUGUCAUCCAGAGACUGCAGGGUGAGGGCCGGCUGCCUGUUCCCCUAGCAGGACCCCUAGUCAUGAUUGUCUGUGGAGGGAGCAGUAUCAACCAGGCACAGCUGGAACAUCUCAGGAAGGUCCUCAACAGAUGAACACAGAACAUGGAGCUCCUAGGCUGAGUCUCAAAUGUCACCCUAUUCUCUAUAUAGUUCACUACUUUUGACCAGGGCCUAUAGCCUUGUCCCAUAGUUGAUCAAACAAUAAAAUAGUUGGCUACAGCACAUACAGUAUGGACGAGGCUAUUGGAUUUCCACCAGUAGGUCAUGGCUCCAGACUGUUUUAAUGAAAGAUUAUGAGGACCGAUUCGUCAUUUUUUUUUGUAUUGCAGCUUCUUACCCUGUUGUAUACAUUUUCACAAUGUUGACUAAUGCUGCCUCUAAUUUCCCUGCUUUGCAAUCAAUGUCAAAUUUGGAAAAUCUCUGACAACCUUUUAAUGUCUCAUAGAAUAAAAUCUGAAAUACUAUUCAGUAGUGGUUAUUAUCUGUACAUUUAAUGCUUUGUUCAAAUGCAGUUACUAGUUGUUACCAGCAGGUGGUACUCCUUGUUGUUGAGAAUUCCAACCAAAAGACCAGUGGACUUGGUAGGCUAUACUAAGAAGACAACCGUUGCUUAUUAACUUCUGACAUCAUUCUGUUUCUAUCAGCUAUACGCAUGUAUUUUCUGGUAUUCCUUUGUUUAUUUGAUAUACAUUUAGGCUACUAUUUUGUUUAAGCUGACAUGGUUGAUGAGACAGUCUUAACCCAACGUGGCUAUGUUUAACAGAUAUCAGUAGCAGCCUCAUAAAACCGAUCAUAUAAUAAUCUAAAAUAGUCAUGGAAAAGCAGAGACAGGUUAAAUAAGGUUUUUUAAGCCUUGAGACAAUUUAGACAUAGAUUGUGUAUGUGUGCCAUACAGAGGGUGAAUGGGCAAGACAAAAUAUUUAAGUGCCUUUGGACUGGGUAUGGUAGUAGGUGCCAGGCGUACUGGUUUGAGUGUGUCAAAAACUGCAAAGCUACUGGGUUUUUCACGCUCAACAGUUUCUUGUGUGUAUCAAGAAUGGUCCACCACCCAAAGGGCAUCCAGACAACUUGACAAAACUGUGGGAUGCAAUGUCUGUGAGUUAGACACCAUCUCCCAAGCUACAGGGUCAUAAGAAGCACCAUAGAAUGGAGUAGCACCAUUGCUUAUGUGAGUUUAUUGAAUGUGACAGGUUUACGUCACACUUAUGAAGCAGUUCACCAAGGCACUAGGUCAGUCACAGUUCUAACAGGCCUUUCCAGGAAGAGAGUUGAUUCACAAAUUUAAGUAUGAUUUCCCAGGAUGACUAUAACAAUUCAAGAUUAUAGUAAAACAUUUAGUUUAAAAAAAGUAAUAAAAUAAAGUAAGGUGCUUUCCCUCUUUUUGGACACUGAUAUGUUGUAAUUGAGAUCCACUAUGAGGAUGUGAUUAAGCUUUAAUUUCUUUGAAAUGCUUUUUAAUUACUAUUUUCAUAGUCUAUUAUCCCUCCCCCAGGGGAUGGAGUCUUAAAGGAUAAUCUGAGACCAGAUCAGAGACAUUAGAGGAUUGAUUCCUCACCUCCCUUAAGAGGACAUCUUCCCCCAUAUUCGCUGAGGUUGUAUCCCAAAUUACACCCUAUUCCUUAUAUAGUGUAUUAUUUUUAUGGCCAAAAGUAGUGCACUAUAUAAAGAAUAAGGUGCCACUUGAGACGCAGUCAGCUAUCAAUGAUGAUGCCUUCCAGACAAGGAAAGUACAGGCUGGUACAAUAUUAGGUAUAGACAUUGGCAUACUAACUUCUUUCUUUACUGUAAUGUAGUUAAAGGAAGUAACACUGUAAGCAGUUUUCAUUGAAAACUAUCACACGUGUAGCCUUUUAAGUGAAAAUACACAAUGUGUUAGUAAUGUUUAGUGUGGAUGAAAUACAUGAAUGUUUGAGAUAUGAAAGAUUUAAGAGCGGGAGCAAAGAGCUGCAUAGUUUGCCUGUCUGCUAAAGAAUGUUUCUUUGUUCUGUUAGCUAGGUAAAAUACAGUAGACUAGUUUAUGGAAAUAGUGUUGCAGUCCCAACUUUAUUCAUCCCAGUCAUUUUUAAACAAAGCGUGACAUAUUAUCCAUCAUGUUGUUUGUGUGCAGGUAGGAGCGCCAAGCUCAGAGCCACUGAUGGGGCGGGUACUGAACCAAUCAUUAAUCCUCCAUCAAUCACAACCUUUGAUGUUUAGAUGUAAGCGUGUAGGCAAGGCUUGAUGGGUUUUUCCUUUUGUUUAAAACUAUAAAUCAAGUGCUGGAAAUCAAAACUUUGUAAAAUAAACAUUUGUUUCACUUGC